AUGAAAAAGGAGUCACUUCACUUCAGCUAUAUGAUACUCUUGCUUACUAUUGUCGUUUCACGCUCUCUUGCUUCAACCCAACGGCGUUGCCAUGAAGACGAGAGAUCUGCGUUGUUGGAGUUCAAGACAACCUUCUUCACCAGAAAGCGUCCGUAUUGUUACUAUUGCUAUGACAACGCUUCAGUUGAGCAAGCAAAGAUCGAAUCUUGGAACGCAUCAGAAGGUAAAACUCAAAGCAAUUGCUGUUCUUGGACUGGCGUUGAGUGUGAUAAGGUAAGCGGUCACGUGAUCGGCCUCGACCUUAGUUGCAGUUGUCUCUUCGGUAAAAUCAACUCCAACAUCAGUAUUUUCCGUCUUCUUCGCCUAAGAAGCCUUAACCUUGCCUUCAACGACUUCAAUUGUCCGAUUCCUUCGACAAUUGGAAAUCUGGGUUCCUUGAGGGAUUUGAACUUCUCCAGCUCCAACUUCAUGGGCCACAUCUCACAUUCGCUUCGUAACUUGACCCGACUGGUCCAUCUAGACUUGAGUGAGAAUUAUCUAACUGGUACGAUUCCAACUUAUUUUGGCAGCAUGUUGAAUCUGGAGCAUUUGAGUCUAAGUGAGAACCGAUUUGUAGGUGAAAUCCCAUCUUCUUUUGAACGUCUUGGUCACCUGAAGCAUUUAGAUCUAGGCUUUAAUUCUUUAACGGGUGAAAUUCCAUCCUUCUUGGGAAAUCUGGUCCAGCUUAAGUAUUUAAGUCUAGCGGACAAUGAGUUAAUUGGGCAAAUUCCAUCCUUCUUGGGAAAUCUGGUCCAGCUUAAGUAUUUAAGUCUAGCGAACAAUGAGUUAAUUGGGAAAAUUCCAUCCUCUAUAAGGAACCUCGUCCAACUUACUACUUUACAUUUAAGCCAAAAUCAGUUAACAGGCGAUAUCCCAUCUUCCAUUGGAGACCUAAUUCAACUUACUGAUAUAGAUCUUGGAUUCAAUCGAUUAGUUGGUGAGAUUCCACUCUCUUUCCAAAACCUCUUGGAGCUUAGGUUCUUAAACCUUCAGUUGAAUCGAUUGAGUGGUGCAAUCCCAUCCUUGUUGGGAAGACUCACCCAGUUGACUGACGUUGAUCUUUCACUCAACCAAUUUCAUGGUGCAAUUCCAAGCACGAUUUUCCAAUCACAGGGUCUCAACGCUCUUUAUUUGACUUCAAAUAACUUGAGUGGCACAGUGAAGUUAGAUAUGUUCUCAGAGGCUAAAAACCUUCGAGAACUUGUGUUAUCCUCUAAUAAACUGUCGUUGAUCAGUGAAACCAACAUAACUCACCGAUACUGGGCUCUAGGUUUAGGUUCAUGCAACUUAAAUAGUUUCCCUGAGUUUCUACAAGACCAAAAUGACUUGCAAGUGCUCGAUCUAUCCUACAAUAACAUUUCUGGUCAAGUUCCUAAAUGGUUUCUGAAUGUGAGCAUAGAAAACCUAGAACUAUUGAACCUUUCUAGCAACUUCCUAACAAGUUUUGCUCAAGAUCCCGUUAUUUUCAAGUGGAAAGAACUCUUUGAAGCAGACCUUGGUUUCAAUGAGUUGCAAGGAUCAGUUCCUAUUCCCCCUCCUGAAAUCGAAUCCUACUUCAUCUCAAAUAACAGGCUCUUAGGAGGAAUAUCGCCACUCUUAUGCAAUCUAAGCCAUAUCUCCGCGAUUGAUUUUUCUGAUAAUAAUCUAACUGGGUUUAUCCCACAAUGUUUUAGUAAUUUGAGUGGUUAUUUGGAAGUACUGAAUCUACGGAGCAACAAUUUUAUUGGAAAAAUUCCUGAGUUGAAUGGGAACUUCUAUAUGAUUGAUCUGAGUUACAAUAAAUUGGAAGGGCCAUUGCCAAGAUCGCUCCGUAACUGUAACAAAUUGCAAUUCCUGAAUUUCGCAAACAAUCAUAUUAGAGAUGUUUUCCCUUCAUGGUUGGGCUCACUUCUAAGUUUGAGGGUUCUUAUAUUGCGGGACAAUAGAUUUCACGGAUUUAUUGAGGAACCGACUAAUAGAAUUGAGUUCCCUAUGCUGCAAAUCAUAGACCUAUCUCAGAACAGCUUUUCUGGUAGCUUGCCAUCCAAAUACUUCAAGCAUUGGACUGCUAUAGGCAUCCAAAUGAAUUACUCAAAGAUCCAAGGGUACCUCACAUUGAUUGAUCUCUCGAGCAACGACUUCAGCGGAGCGAUCCCCGAGACUAUUGGAAGCCUAAAGCAGCUAAAAUUGCUCAAUCUUUCCAACAACAUGCUCUCCGGUCCUCUGCCUCCAUUCUUGGCAAACCUAACGAAUUUGGAAGCAUUGGACCUUUCUCAAAACCAGCUCUCCGGGGAGAUAUCUCAGGACUUGACACAACUCACUUCGCUUGAGGUCUCCGACGUAUCUUACAAUUGUCUGAUCGGGCCAAUACCGAAGUUGCGGCAGUUUGCUACAUUCGAAAACAUCUCCUACAAGGGAAACUCGGGGCUAUGUGGCGCUCCUCUAUCUAAAAAAUGUGGAUAUCCCGAAGCGUCGCCACCAUCAUUUCCGACGUCCGAAGAAGAUCAAGAUUCGGGGAGUGCAAUGGAAUUGGACUGGAAGAUCGUGUGCAUGGGUUAUGCAAGUGGGUUAGUGAUUGGAGUAGUCCUCGGGAACUGCUUGAUCACAAGAAGAAGGGCUCAAAGUCUUGUGAAGAACUUUGGCAGAAGAAAACAGAGGCGAAGAAGGUAG